CAGACUCAGAAUCCUUCUCUCUCUCAGACUCAUUCAUCUCUCUGCAGAGGACCACCAUCAUGACUCCAACUUUCCUCUUCCUCCUCAUCCUCUCACUGACGGAUGUUUCUAUGAGUGCACCGAUUGACAGUGAAGAUCAAACAGGCCAAUCGAUGGACAUCAUGCUAAGACCCCAAACUGACCCAAAGCCACCUGUGUUGGAGGAUGACAUUGCUUUGCCGGAUACUUCCAGCAGGAACGCAGACCCAUGCACUGCCACAGGCUGCAAGUGGCCUAAAACUGGACGCUACGUCUAUGUGCCUUACUACAUCUCUACUAACUACACUUCUAAAGAGGCUAACAUCAUAAUGAAAGGUCUGCAGAGCUUCAAUAAGUCCACCUGCAUUCGCCUUGUCCCGUGGAAACCAGAUGAUCGUCAUUUCCUCUCCUUCGAAAGUAGAGAUGGGUGCUGGUCCAAAGUGGGUCGUCAAAAAAAGGGACAAAUUAUCUCGCUGGAAAAAAAGGGCUGUUUGUCCAACCACACAGUGCAGCAUGAGGUUCUUCACGCUCUGGGCUUUAAGCAUGAGAUCAGCCGCUCCGACAGAGACGAAUAUGUCAAGAUUCUCUUCGAGAACAUUAAGCCAGGAAAGGAAAGUAAUUUUAAAAAAGUGGAGACAAACAACUUGAGGACCCCCUAUGACUUCAAAUCUAUCAUGCAAUAUAAAAAGUACGCCUUCUCCAAAAAUGAGAUGCCAACCAUUGUUGCCAAGUCUGAUCCGAAUCUUGACUUUGGACACGCCAAGCAAAUGAACAAAAACGACAUUAUUCGUGUCAACAGGCUCUAUAACUGCUGCUCAAAGAAAACACCCUGUACAAUUUCCAACUGAAUCACUUGUGCUGUUACUUGUGCUUCAGACUUCUGACUGGAUUUAAUUGCUUUCUCUCCUUCAAGCAGAGCAUAAAUGGUCAGCUUCUAAAUACCUCACUUACAGGGAAACUGGUGGAUGAUGAGCGUAUAGCAUCUCAUCCUGUCAAGUUCUAGCCCCGGGGGGUAUUCCAAAAAGUGGGUUUACUAGUUUAGCUGGCUAUAUUAACCUGCACUAAACGGCAAUCUUGGGAUUUCUGUUCCAAAAUGGCUAAUUUAAGUAAGUUAAUAUGGAAACAUAUGCUGUGAACAGCCUGGUAGGGAGUAGGUCAAUAUUUCUUAUUUAAAUUUUUGUCAUAGCAACUAUAUAUUUGAAGUAUUCCAUUUCCAGGCCCGCCUUUGCAAUCUGGCACUGGAGGUGGACUUCAUAGUUACCUUGCAGUGAGGGAUUGUUGCGGUCGCCCUGAACCUGUCUUCCAUACCUCAGACCACUUCUUAUUAGCUGUGAAAUAGGUACUUCUCAUUGUGGUGAGCCUAGAGCAAUAUGGAAAUUAUUGGGAAUUAUUGACUUUGCUGGAAAUCCUCGGCCAAGCGUCACAGUGGGUGGUGGCGGAUGCAGCUGUUUUUCUUUUUUCUGAUUAUAUAUAUUUGCUUGCUUCUUAUUUACUUUAAAUUUGGAAUAAAUAUUACACUUAAAGCUGAUUGUCUUGUGUCAUCUAAAGUAAAAAUAGCCUGAUGAAAUAAAAA